AAUCAAAUAGAAACCUGUCACAAUAACCCCUCCCAAUGCGUCACGUAGAAAGGUUACAAAGACGUGAUAAUACGAAUUGCUUGCUGCUUGGCGGUGCUUCCAAUUUCUGCUUGUUAUUUUUUUCGCUCACACCCGAUCCACAUAGUAAGAUGGAUUCUUCUUAAUAUGGCGGCCGUUUCUGUUGGUGUAAAGCGAAACUUUACUUUUUAAUCAAAUAGCAUGACAUUGCGAGAAUCUUCGGGAGUCAGGCAUCGUCUGAUCAAAUUUAGCUGGACAAGGACACUCGGAAGCAUCAAAUUGAUUGUCGGAAACCAGCGGCGUCAUUUUGGGUUUCGUUUUGAUUAUCAAACCCUGGGCUACCUUCGCAGUUGAUGGUCGUAGUCACUGACGUUGCUUUUGUUCCAACUGUUGUAUUUUUAUUGGUAAAGCCGAUAGGUACGAUUGGACAUCACUUGACUCAUAAGAAAGGCGUCUUAUAAGGAACGUGGAGAGCACUUACUUAAGUCCGAAUAGAACAGCGCCCCAGUGGACAUUGACGUUAACUUACCUGUUAGUGAAUUUCAGUGUUGUUUGGAUGUCAACCCCAGUCAGUAAAAGGAGGAAUUUGGUUUGCUAGCACUGUCAAUACUGGCAAAUCAAAUGGAGAAGAUUCUUGACCUGAGCCAAUCGGAGCUACAUGAACUUCUGGAUCACCCAGAAAAGGUGGCAUCUAUGGCCCACGAGUCUGAUGAGAUCCAGAACAUCCACCUGGAGAGAGAGAUGGCUUUGGCAUCCAAUCGCAGCCUUGCCGAGCAAAACCUGGCCAUGAGGCCAGACCUGGAGUCGAGAAGAGAAGUUCUGGUGGAGAGAUAUCUACAGCUCGAGGCUAUCAGAGAAACCUACAAAGAACACCACGCCAUUAUAGAUGGAAUGAUUGGCCAGGUGUCGCCAGAAGCAUUCUUCUCCAGACUGCAGACAGAGGGCAAAAAAGCAGAAGCUGAGUCAGAGGUUCUAGCUGAUAUAUUUCUGGAGGGCUCUCUGCCAUUGGACUCAUUCCUUGACCGCUUCCUGCCUCUACGUUCCCUUGCUCACAAAAGACGUGUGCGGAUAGAGAAAUUCCAGGAGGUCAUGCGACAGACAAGAGAGGAUAAACCCACAGCUACGUCAUCAUCGCCAGGAAUCAUCCAAGGCCCCCAAGUUAAUCACUGGAAUCCACAAAUCGCAACAGCAGCAAAUCAGCAGCACCAAGCAAACAACAAAUGCCAGACCUCCAGUUACUAUAAUGCUUCCCAACCUCUUCCUUCAUCUGCAGGGGCUUCCUGUGGUGUCCCCUACCUCCAAUGUCCUUCUUCUCCUUCCUGUACUCCUCCACCAGUUGCAUUAUUGGCAACAGGCACUGGCCCAGUCCUUCCCUCAUCACAGGUAGUAUCAUCUGCAGGAUUACCUUUUGCUCCGGCAGGGAGCUGCACUGGUCCCAGGCCAGCAUUUAGACCGAUGGCUUCAGUCCCUUGCCCUUAUCCAACGCAGUCAUCUUUCUCUGCCCCAAACCCAGGAUCAGCUUUUGGCCAAUACACACGAAACCACCCCCAAAGCAAUACUGCAGUAUACGCAGCUUCAUAUCGUGAUGGUGGUUAUAAUUAUCCAGCCAGUUCUGCUCAUUACAAUUCUCAGUCACCAACUGAAAGACCGAUUUGCAGACCUGGAAAUGGAGUACCGCAGCCAUAUUUUUGAAAGUAUCUACUGCUCAUUUUUCCUACUAUGCCCUAAUUCCACACACUUAAUCCACCCUUUGCUGACAGGUUUCUCAGCCUAAUUGCUACCCCCUCUUGUCUCUGUGUCAUCUACUGUGACCUUUUCUUCAACUUUCAGAUUUUAGGUUGUUAUUCUGUCUUUUAAUAUUAUGGUGGUUUUCUUUAUUCCCUUAACCCCCACACCCUAGUCUCAGGUUGUUUAUGGUUCUUAAAACAGUGAUGGGGGACUCUUGUUAUAUGACUUGACUUGAGUCAGACUCAAGUUGCUAUUUUUAGGAUCUGCGGCUUGCAUGCCAAAAACUUGAUUUGACUUUAUUGGGACUUGACAUCUAAAGGCGUUUCCAUAAGGCCCGCUCCACACCGAGACGGCCUCGCUUAACCCUGGAUGUUCGCUUUUCCACUGGACUUUUUUGCGGCUGGGAACCGCUUUUCAGAACCAUCUUGGAGGUGGUUUUAAAACGGUGGUUUUAAAACGCAGGUCCCAGCGCGUCUGUGUUGUCACUGUUAUUUGAUUGGCCAACAGCGAUGCGGCAAGGAACUCCGCCGCCCAUGUCCUGGUUUUAGACGAGCUGCCCGCUGGCCAUCUGCAAAGUCAUAAAUAUACAGAAUAUACAAUAAAUAUAAUUUUGACACCAACGUUGAACCAUAUUUACUUAAAAUUUCAUGUGUACUCAUGGGUGCAUUUUUGAUGAUGUUGUAAGGGUGCAUACGCUUGCUCGCUGGGUCACAUUCACUUGAAUGAGAGGUCUCCAGAGGCGAGCCUCCUUGUCGCCCCUCCGGAACUACCGAUUGUUCCCCCAACCCCACAGGGAAUGGCAGCUUUGGGUGAACGCCGGAGGCCUCCAGAUGCCGCAGAGUGAGGUCGAUGAGCCACUGACUCAGAGAGGCGGCCAAAUGAAUGAGUUAGCUCUCCAAAAUGAAUGAGCCCUGGCGCCGAGCUUUGCAUGCAGCUCGCGAAAUCGCGAUCCCGCACUUUCAUCCAUGGUACAUAUGUAAUUGGAAAUAUGGUUCAGUGUUGUAAGACACAAAGAAUGUCCGCUGUAUACACUGUAUUUUUGUCUUGACAGUGGCUGGCUGUCUCACUGUCUGAAAGCCAGAAAGUGAUUUUUCGUCUAUGUGAAAACGUUUGAGCAUUGUUGAGCUGCACUUUGCAAUGUUGCCACAUCGUGCAACAACAAUUCAUAUUUACUAUCUCCCCCAAAACAGUGGCUUUGACUCGCCGUUUGCGAAAUGUCAUUUUACAUGCUGCGAGUGUAAAUCAUGCAGCACAAGCUUGCACUGUUCAGUUCAUCCCACCUUCAUCCCGCCGUGUGCCUGUCGUAAUGGAAAAGCAACGGCGGCCUCGUGGUGUAGUGCCCAGCAUAACGGAGUGGUGUGGUAUGUAUGGGGCUGAUUGGGGCAAAUGGCGUCAUAAGUGACUCGACUUGACUUAGACUGAAACUACAUGACUUGGCAAGUUAUCUUGUUUAUACUUUGAAUUCUGCAUUUUAACAGUUUGCCUUUUUUUUUAAGGAAAGAAACUUUUUUUUUUUUUUCCAUUCAUGGCAACCUGGCAAGUGGCAACCCAGUCAGCAGCUGUGACGGAAUGUCCACCCUUAUUUCCUAACUCCUGAGUCACUUUAUACUUUGUGUAGAACUAUAUAGUUGUCCCCUCAUUCUUUUUAUCGAUUCGGACAGCCAGCUCACUCACUACUUGCGCCUCGUCGCAUAUCAGGUGACCACGUAUCUAUCAUGAUACUCUGGCGCAUUAAGCUCUAUGACUAUUGUGAAUAACAAAAAACAUAUUUUAAACUACCUGUAUUUUAUUUCCCUUGAACAUAUUUUGCGCCAUGUUGUUUUCCUGCUUUCAAUGCAUUGUGGUCCAAAUCAACCUGUUAAGUAAACAUCUAUGUACUUUUCCUAGUGCAUUAUGGGUUAUUUUGAGUGCACUACAUUUAUCCUCCCUGGCCAUUCGGACUCCCCUCCAAAAUGAUGUAACCCCUUAAUAGUGCACUAUAUACUGUAGGAGUGUAGGGACUAGUGUGUACAUUCUGACAGAGCCAGCGUCACUUCUUGGUGUGAUGUAGCGGUGGUGGAAACAACUCGUAAGAUCAUUAUUUAGAAUUAAUGGAUUAAAGGCUUAAUAUUGGCACUUAUAUAAUAGGUCUGUAUGUAAAACGGUGGUAGUGGGUUUCGUCCAUCCUUGUAAUCAUCCCUAACCGGGUCAAGUACCUACGGAGGCCCAUUUAACGACUGAAAGAAACAAGCACAAUCUGUUUUGCGUGUGUAAUCCUCCAAUACACUACUUCAGACUGAAUGUGAAAUAUCACGACACACCGCUUGCCUCGUGCGUACUUGUCCUCCGUCCCAAAAAAGUUAACGCAUCACCAGUCAAUCUGAUGAUCCAUGGUGGUUGUGUUGGCAGCUUCAAACGCAUCACUGGUCACCCAAACACGCACACUGCAUAGGGAACACGCCAGCGGAGCACAGGGAGGCGUGGGUGGACUAAAUUCAAUUACAUUAAAUACAACACUCCUCUUCCUAGCUCCGCUGCUGAGGAAAGGGGUUUUUCAAAAGCCGGUGACAUCCUCCGGCCAAAGAGGACCGCCCUGGUCUUCCUCAAAGGGAACAUGUCCCUAUUGGGGAACCCCACCAACAAAGGGCAGUUUAAGGAGGAAAAGCAGCAGGGGUCCGAACACAAAAAAAAAAACAAAAAAAAAAAAACAAGAGUGUAUUUUUUGUGUGUAAAGUUGUCCACGCUGUUCAUAAUAUAUAGUUUUUGUGUGUAAAGUGAUCCAUACUGUUUCACAAUAAAUGCAAUUGUGUGCUA